UGUUAUGUCUGCCCCUUCCCAUCCCCAGCACCAAACAUCACAGGGUUCAAUAAUUAAUGCAGAAAUAGACUCUUUGGGGAUGGUGGUGACGCAGGUUCCUGGAAGGAGAUAGGGGUAACUCUUGCCUGUUUAAAAUGCAGGCGAAAAGCCCAGCCUCCCACGCCUGGCAGCUUCUCUUUAAAUAGAGGCAGGAGCCCCAGCAGCUGCUAUUGAGAUCGCUGGAUCUAGCUGGAGAGAGAGCUGGGAGAGGACUGGAAACAAGCAGAGACAGCUCGCCUGGAGAGACAGCCCCAAUACCGGUCACUAAAGGCAGGGGAGGGGGAUCAAGUGUGAAGGAGCAUGCCACCUACCGCCCUGCUGGUCAGCCUCUUGCUGGGCAUCCUGGAAGUUGGAGCUCUGCCACUUGAUAAAGGAGAACAUCCAGAAGAAAUGGUAACGCGAUGCAUAGUAGAAGUUCUGUCCAAUGCUUUGGCGAAACCCAAUGCUCCCCCGAUUGAUCCAGAGUGCAAAGAAAUCCUUAAAAAGAGUACUAGGCCCAGUAAUAAUGAACAACUGGAGGAAGAUAGACAUUAUGAAGCCAACAACUUUAAGGAGAUGACCGCUGCAGAUAAACAUCUACAUGAAUUUGAAGAUGAAACAGGACAACAGACUCGGGAAAGCAAAGUUCCGAAAGAGCAAGAGGAAGAGAAACGACACCAUGAGGGCAGGGAAAGCCAGGAAGAGAAAGAUGAAGAAGAAGGAAGAGAGAAGAAUAUCCACAGUAUGGAAAAUGAGGAAGAUACAGGUCAUUCAAAAGAAAGUGACUUUGAAGACGGUGAGGAGGAAAGGGGAGAAAUGAUUAAAAAAGAUACAUUUCGUCCUGAUGAGUCUCAUGACACGAGACAUGAUGUUUUUGACAAGAAAGUUCACACGGCUGCUAAAAAUGUUGAAGAGUUCUCAGAAGAUGAUGAAGAACCCAGAAGCUUAGAGGACAUUAUAAAACGGCAUCAUGGAGGUUUACACUGGAAAGAACAACUUGGUCAUCCAGAAGAACACUCUUCCGAAACAUCUGAUGAGUCAAAAGAAAAAGAAGAGAAGAGAAAUCUUAAAUCGAAGCUAGGGGACUUUGGCCAAAGAAUGCUUGAUUAUGAUGAAAAAAGAAGACAUGAACUGGAGCAAAGAAGCCACACUAAUUUGCACGAAGAACAGCCCUAUUCAAGGGUGCAGAAAGGAUAUUAUGGAAUAAACUCUUUUGAGGAUAACAUGAAGAGGAAUCAUUAUGAUAAAAGAACUCACCAUGAGGUUCAGAGUUCAGAGGAGUCAAAAGAAAAGAGACAUUUUCACAGAGGUAGUGAAGAGGAGAGAGAAGAGCCCUAUGACAGUGAAAGUGAAGAAAGUAAAGAAAAAGAAAUAAAGCGACACCAUUUGGAAGAAGAGGAGAACAAUCUGCAGAAGGAAAGAAAGAGGUGGCCAACUGGACAACAUGCAGAUAUGAGAUUUAAUUAUGGACGUGGCAAAGACGAAAAUGAGGAGAGUAAGGAUGAUAUUGAUAAACGCCAUUUCAAUAAUCGAGAUGAAAAACAGAAACUAUAUGAAAAACUGAAACAUCAUCUUCAAGCAGAUGAAGAGGAACAACCUUACAGUCAUGGUAUAAAAGAUAACAAGAGACACUAUAUAGGUGAAGAAAUGGUUGAUGAGAUGAAAAGGUACUACCCAGAUUAUUCAGAGGAGAAAGAAAAAAGACAUUAUAAUGAAGAUUUCAAAAAACACUACUAUGGAGGAAAUAAAGAGAAUACUGGAGAAUCUAACUACUUAAACAAUGAAAAGUACAACCGACACAGUUCUGAAGAAGAAAGGCAGCCAGAUAAUCAUUAUGGCUUUACUGAUGACCAAAUUAAAUGGAAGAAGUACUUUGAUAAUGAUGAUGACAAUUUUCUAGAUAGUGAAGAAGAAAGCAAACGUAGCGUACAAAACAAAAAUGUCUUGCCCGAAUACAAUGACUAUGAUUGGUGGGGGAAAAAGCAGUUUUUAGAAGAUAUGAACCACGGCUAUGAGGAAAAAAGAAUGCCACAGAAAUACCACAAGUUUGAAGAGAAAAGACAAUAUGAUCGCAUGGAUGAACUCGCUCAGCUUCUUAAUUACAAGAAAAAGUCAGUAGAGAUUCCAGAUUUCUAUGACUCAGAAGAAAUAAAAAAACGUAAUUUUAACGAAAGAGAUCGUCUCAGUCAAAGGCCACUUACAGAAGAAGAGGAAAAGGAAUUGGAGAAUCUGGCAAUUAUGGACAUGGAACUACAGAAGAUUGCUGAGAAACUCACUAACAACCGACAAGGCUGAGACAAAAAAAUAAAAAAAGAA